GCCAGUUUAAUUUUUGUUUAUUCACUAAGUACUCUGUUUUUGUUGUAUAAAUACACUCCACCUUUCGUAUCUUUAUUUCAUCAAACUCCUCACCUUUUACUCACAAGUUAGUACAAGAGAAAAAUAUAAAAAACAAAAAAAGUCAAUGUCAGGAAUCAAAGUUUUUGGCCACCCUGCUUCUACAGCCACGAGACGAGUUCUCAUUGCUCUGCACGAGAAAGAACUUGACUUUGAGCUUGUUCAUAUCGACCUCAAAGAUGGUGAACACAAGAAAGAGCCUUUCCUCUCCCGCAACCCUUUUGGUAAAAUUCCAGCCUUUGAAGAUGGUGACUUCAAGCUUUUCGAAUCAAGAGCAAUUACUCAAUACAUAGCUCAUGAAUACGCAGACAAAGGAAACCAACUUCUAUCGCCUGGCUCCAAGAACAUGGCAAUCUUGGCCAUGGGGAUGGAAAUAGAAGCUCAUGAGUUUGACUCAGUUGCAUCAAAGCUUGGUUGGGAACAAGUUUUCAAGAACUUCUUUGGUUUGACCACAGACCAGGCAGUUGUUGAAGAAGAAGAGGUUAAGUUAGGCAAAGUGCUUGACAACUACGAAGCUAGGCUUAGUGAGUCUAAGUAUAUGGCUUGUGAUCACUUCACUUUGGUCGAUCUUCACCAUAUUCCUUUGAUUCAGUACUUGCUUGGUACUCCAACUAAGAAGCUCUUUGAUGAGCGUCCACAUGUCAGUGCUUGGGUUGCUGACAUCACUUCUAGGCCUUCUUCUCAGAAGAUCCUCGUUUAAGUGGAUUUGUUUUAAAUAAAAACUGCUCAUCAGAAAGACUGAAUAAAAAGUGGCGAUGGUGUCUUAUUGUCCACUUCUCUGAAACUCUGUUUCCUCUGUUUAUUUCAUGUGUGUACUCUACUUUUCGUUUUUAUUUUAAUGAGAUAAUAAUGAUUUGGAUGUAAUCUUAAAUAAUACAAAAAAUCAACAUUAGGUUGUACUGAAAUAUAAAACAUAACACGCAAUGCAUCUGUCUCCACCAAAGAACAACCCAAAUCACAGACAAAAAUGAU